UAUGGCCACGAGUAUUAUAUCAGUUUUAGUAAGUACGUCCAUCAGACCAGUUCUGUUAAUAUGUUGUCCGUGUUGGUAUGUGGCAUCCUCGUGGCGUCAACGUCGGCAGGGACGCCAUGCUGCAUAGAUCGCAAGUUUGAGGCUAGAAUGGGCGAAGUGGGGGGUGGUAUAUUCACCCAAAAUGGCCAGCCAAAGCCAGGUUUGAUUAAUGGCGAGAACGUCAUCCACUACGAUUUCUAUUCCCGGAAGCUGAUGGUAGAAGCGACCCUGAACUUCACCAAUGGCAGCAGCUUGACCACCAACGUAGUCGUAGAUGACGUUGCCGAUGAAAUGUUCGUACUAACAAAGGAUGGAUGUUUCAAAUCUAAGAAUACUAUCCGGUUUCUGAAAAGCUGCAUACCAGAUGAUGCUGUCAAGGUACGAGAAAGCUAUAUCGGAUCAGGCGUCAGCGCGAUUCCCUUCACAACCUGGCAGUUCUUGGUUCCUGAAUCUGGCAACGUUAUACGACUAUCUGUCACCGACAAAGGAUGUAUCCCGAUAUUCGAAUCUCUCUUUGGAACCAUUCAGGGUGGUUCUGCGGACAUCCUCUACAUCCUAACCAACUUCCAGCCAGGAAUCAGAAAGCCGGAUGUCUUCCUUGUCCCAGACAACUGCAAGCCUUUGCCAUCUAAUGAUGUUCCAGAUGUGGUCAGACGGAGCAUUAACAAGGCCGAGCGUUUGGCGAAACACUUCAUGAUGGACAAUACCCUGUAGAAUAAAUAGUUCUCCAAACAGUU